AGGACAUCUGCUCGAGUCCACCACCAGUCCCACCAAAGAAGUGGACUGUUAGAAAGAGUUCAACAGGAAAUGAAGUUUUUGUGGAAAAAAUGAAGAUGCUGGAUCAGUGUUUUAAGGAUGAAGGUGAACGCCCUCCACUGCCUCCUAAACCCCAUCAAAUGCAGCUUGAUGAUGAAAAUGAAUCCCUGGAUGCUGAGAGUCUGUCAAACUCCUACGAAAAGUCAAUACGUGAGUAAAAAGAUCCAGCUGGCACUAACUGCUGUCGGGGUCGGCGUGGCUGCAGCCGGCGGUGUUACUGGUGCAUCAGCAGCCAUCGCAAAUAAGGUGAACUGCAACCAGGACCAGAAGAAAAUUGAAAAGAUCUUUACUGACUACGAGUCACUCAGUAAGGGCAUUCAGGAGAAACUGGUUUAUGUCCAUGAGGGCAUAGAGCAGCUGAGGCAGUAUGGUGUCAUCAUGCUUGAGAGGACCAAGGUGAAGUCAGAGAGGGCCUCCAAGGUGCUGGAGUUCUUUGGUCAAGGAGGGCCAUGUGCCAAGGUCUUGGAGGCAAACUCCAAGCCAUCUGGGAUGAUAGAAGGCUUUGCCCUCGGCAUGGAUAUGUACUUCAUCAAAGGAAAAGAUGGAACCAAGGUGAAGAAGGGCUUUGAGUCAAAGUUGGCAAAGAAACUCCGCUCCUUGGCGGUGGAUCUCCAGGAACGACUGGAUGAGUUCAUCGAAAUGAAAGAACUGUUUGAGAAGUAUUGUUAGGAGGGUAUUUUUCUCCACCUGAAUAUCUUUUGUUUGGGGGUUGUCUUUUAAUGUUAAUUUUCAGUUUUACGAAAGUUUAUUGAUCAACAUAUAUUUCCUCUUUGGCAACAGGUUCGAAAACAGAACAAAACUUUUAGUGCAACUUUAGGAAUUGUAACUUCAAGCAGUUUCUUUUAAAUGGUUUAUGGUUAUUAAUGCUGUAUAAAACUGAGAUUGUGUUAACCUCCCUUAA